AUGGCCGAUCUCGACGACGACGUUGAGUUCACCGGCUCGACCGGCACGAACCCUCUCCGCGACAUGCCGCACAUGCGGCACGACUGCCUCGUCCACCCGUGGCCGCGGCCGGCGACAGCGCAGUCGUGUGCUGAGUGCUGUGCCAAGUGCUUCUGCUACGUCUGCGACGGGCCUGCGAGCGAGUGCAAGCUUUGGGACGAACACUGCCUCGCCGACGGCUCGGCAGAGUGGGUUCGCAAGCGCGCGCAGGCGAAGCGAAAGCGCGAGGCUGCGCAGCGUGCCCAAGCCGCCGGCCGGCAGGUGGACUCGGCGGAGGCAGUGCGGCAGCGCUUCGCGGCCGCGGCGGACACUGACGACGGCGGGGCGCCACAGCCGGCGCCAGACGGCGCCGACGCCGGCAGACCGACCAGGGACGAGGCCGAGGUCGAGGAUGAAGAGUCGGAGGAGACGUUUGCGACCUAUGCUCCAUGCCACUUUGCCCGUGGGCAGCCGCACCCGGAGCUG